GUGGCAGUUUUGUGACGGACGCUUUAAAAUAUUCAGUUUCAGGAGAAAUAAGCAGAAAUAUCUGAAUAUCAUGAUUAAUUUCUAAUAUUUGAGCUCGUUAAAUCAAGAUGUAGAUUUUAAAUGAGUUCAAUGAAGAUGUUCAUCAUGAGAGAGCAGGUGGAUGUGAUCUUCUGUAAAUCAGUAGGAACUGAUCUGUCCAUGCUGGAUAUUGAUGAUUUCAUCACAGAAAUCUCUCAGCUGAAGAAAGAGCUGACGUCACUGAAGAAAGAGGUGACGUCACUGAACGCAAAGCUGAAGGAGAAAGAUGACAGGUUACAGGAGCUGGAAAAGGUGUCCUGUCAAUCUUCAGUGUGUGUGACUGAUGGGACCUCCACAGAAUGUCAGGAUUCAGUGUGGAGCGGCAGAGAUCAGUCCACACCACAGCAGCUGCUGGACAAACUCUCUGAACAGAGAUCCAGAGACACACAGGACUCACAGCUCACUUUACUCUGUUCUACUGAUGCUCAGGAGAGUGUGUGUGACAGUAAUCAGGGUGAUCAAACCUCCACAGAGUCUCUGACUUCUGUCUGUAACACUGGAGAACAGCAGAUGCUGCAGACACCAGUGAAGAUUGAAGUGAAGCAGGAGGACAUAAAAGAAGAAAACACAGCAGAGGAACAACAGAAUGAUGAAGAUGAUGAUGAACAGCAGAUGUUGCAGACACCAGUGAAGAUUGAAGUGAAGCAGGAGGAGAUAAAAGAAGAAAACACAACAGCGGAACAACAGAAUGAUGAAGAUGAUGAUGAACAGCAGAUGCUGCAGACACCAGUGAAGAUCGAAGUGAAGCUGGUGGAGAUAAAAGAAGAAAACACAGCAGCGGAACAACAGAGUGAAGAUGAUGAUGAGACAUCAACAGAGAAAGAACAGAGUGAUGAUGAGGAUUUUAUUCCUUUAGAGCUGAUGGAAGAGCAAGAGGAACAUCAAGAACUGAAUGAAGUGGAGGAGAAACAUCAGUAUCAGAAACAUCAUGAUUUUAUAACUGGAGAAAAGACAGAAAAUAAUUUCUCACAAAAAAAGCUUCAAAGAAGAGCAGCCAAAAAUACUUUCACCUGCUCUCAAUGUGGAAAGAAUUUCAAAUGUAAAAGCAAGCUCAGUGCACACAUGAGAGUACAUACUAGAGAGAAGCCUUACUUGUGCCAUCAGUGUGGAAAAAGUUUUGCAUAUGCACACGAUCUCAAGAAACAUCUCCACCGUCACUCUGGAGAAAGACCAUUUGAAUGUGACAAGUGUGGUAAAACAUUUGCUAUGAAUUCAGGCCUAAAACAACAUCUGAAAACUCACACAAAAGAGAAGCCUUACAAGUGUUCUUCUUGUGGAAAGAGUUUUGCACGCCUGUUCUAUUUUAAAGCGCACCAGAACAUUCAUAUUGGUGUGGGGGCUCAUAAGUGCUUUGAAUGUGGAAAGAUCUUUAUUACAGCCAGCCACUUGAAAAAGCACCAAAGAAUUCAUACUGGAGAGAAACCUUACAAGUGCUCACACUGUGGAAGGAGUUUCACUCGGUCAGACAACCUAAAAACACACGAGAGAAUUCAUACUGGAUAGUCUUGUCUAAUGGGCUAGGUGCACAAGAUGACGCCUGUGAGCUUUCACCACACGACUGUGUGCACGUUUAUGUCUGGUUGUAUGAGCGCUCACUGAAACUGAGUGAGAACACACGGUGUGAUCGUGGUGUUGCUUUGAGAAUCAACUUCCAAAGGAGACUUGGUUGAGACCAGCAUGAGCAUGUUUACAAGUAAAGAAAGAAAUGAGAGUGGUUUAUCAGUGACGGUAGAUAACAUUCACUUUACAUUGUUGUGUGCCUCAACCAGCAGUGACGAGCUGACCAGCGGUAUGAAGUAAAUAGUGUUAAAAUUGUAGGUAAGACUUUACAAUAAGGUUCUGUACAUCAACAUGCAAUAGCUAACAUGAAAUAACAACUGUCAAUACUUUUACAGCAUUUAUUAACCUUGAUUCAUGUUCAUUUCUGUCUAUACAUUUACAUGGGACACAUGAACAAAUGGUUUUUAACAAUGAACAAUAAUAUAUUUCAAUAAAACAUCAACCUAGAUUAAUGCUCUAAUAGUUAUAAUUGUACGUUUAUUAUUCCAAAUGCAUUAACCAAUGUUUACGAAUUGAACCUUAUUGUAAAGUGUUACCAAAAUGUUGCAUGUGUAAUCAGACAUAAGACAAACAGAAAUUGUAACUUUAUAAAUGUGUUGGUUGUUGUCCAACAGAGGAUUAAUAUGACCUUAUGUACCCUGCAGUUGUAUAUUCAUCUUCAAAUUGUAUUUCUUACUGAAUCUGUAUCCAAGUCUAGCAUUAUUUAUUCAUGUUCACAGAAACUUAGAUGAGCUACUGAAGUUUAUUAUCAUUCUUACCUUCAUAGUCAUUGAUGUAACUGCAUAUAUACUGUAACGUGUUGACAUGUUGUUUAUGGUCUUAUUCUAACUGAUAAGAGAAAUUUGUGUUAUGUAUUUUACUGGGUUGUAAUGUCUUGCAUUGAUAGCUGUUCCUGAAUGUUUAGUGUAUGUAUGUGCAAGGGGAGACUGUGCAGAAGGGGUUCACUGCUGUUUUUAAGUGUACUUCUCUAAACAAUUACAGAGUGUAUGGUGUGGCUGUGGCCGACAACAGCCUUAAACACACUGUUUGUGAGAUCAACCUCAUGUGUCUUCAGUGUGAAGCUUCAAUAGAUUUUAAAUCUCUUUUCUGUAAGCACCUCAUGUAAAAUGCCAUUUUUAGCGGUCUCCAUACCGGUGCCAGGCGAAACCGGAAGUGGUUAUAACCACACUCUGUAAACCAGGAAUCAAAGAUGGUGUCUUAUGCAACUUGCCAGCUAUUGUGAUGACUCUUCACCACCACAAGAUGGCAGCAUCUUCAAACAUUGGAUUAGAUGCAGUUGUUGGUAAGAUGUUGUACAACUCAGUCUUAAGAACAUGUAAUGUUGUACUGUAUUGUUGUUGUUGUGUUUCAGAUGAUCAGAUUCAGAACCCUACUAAAUAUGAACCUUCAGAGACCAUGUGUUGAAGUGAUUUUUUGCAUGAGAUCUUGAAGUCUUCUCAAUGGCAUGCACUGUAUAAAGUUCCUAGAUCACAUCUUAUUUUCACAACUCGUGUUUUCUGGAAUACAGUGUUCUGUUUUCACUUUUGGAUGAAGAAUCCCUUUCAAGACUCUGAUGCACAUUAAGGACUUGCUGGUGGAGUCAUUAAGAUGUGAAUGACCCUUAAGUUGUUUUUUCUUGAACAAUGUGAACCGGACUUUCUGCUAAUAGUCACAGGUCUGGUUACACAAGACUGGGGCUGAUUUGGACCUCACUGUUCCUGUCAAUAAAGAUUUUGUGUCUUCA